AUGAGUGUUGUUCCAUAUGCAUAUGAAUGUUAUAAGUCUAGCGUACUUCAAUAUAAAGAAUAUACUCUCAGAAUUACUGAUAAUGCUUUAGUCAUACAUAAAGAAGGUGCUGAUGAAGACAUUACCAUCGGUCCUGGUAUAUUACCUAUCGAGCAACCAGAUGGUACAAUUGUUGAAACAGACUUAAAUCAAUACCUUCAAGCGUUACAGAAUCGUGUGACAAAAGUAGAGAAUAAUUACUUAGAUGCUCCAUUCUUCACAACUGAUAGAGAUUAUAUGUUUUCAUGUAUGGCGAGUAAUGGUUUGCAAGAAACUCGUGAGGUAAAUAUUAAUGAAGCAUUAGAGACUAUAAUAUAUCAUGUUAAACGGUUAUUAUCGAUUGACCAUGGAGUUCAUUUUGACCCAAGGUCUACACUGUUCAAUAUACCAAUGAUUGAAAACAGUCAAUUAACAUUUAAAGAAGAUACAUUGUAUAAUGCUUUAAACGCAGCAUUUGCUUAUAUAUUAGGUCAUGAACAAGUACAAAAUAGUGGUAUUGCAAUAUACUUAGAUAAAGUUAUGUUAAAGAAACCAUUGACAUUCACAGAAGAUGGUCCAAAAGCAACUGGUAUUGUUGGUGAUGGAACAUUAUUGACGAAAGAAUACUUAGCAAGUCAUGUCGGAGAAUUUUUCUCCACUAAUGAUAGCAUCAGUACAACACCAGAAGUUAUUUUAUUGAAGAAACCAAUCACAUUUGAU